UGGUCUUUCUCCUUGCUUUUCUCUCUUCUUCUUAUUCUUUGAGGCGCUGACAUUUUCUGAACCACCAGGUGCUGCCAUAGUUGGAGAUAUCCGUCAAAGAAGAGAAGGGACUGUAACUGAUUGUUCCCGUGGCGCUGUCUGUUCAGAUCCCACCAUGAAUGUCCUGCAGAUGUGCUCAGCGAUCUGCUCUUUUGUCAGCCUCCUCCUGCUCCUCAUUUCCCUUGGCUCAGACUACUGGGUGGUAAAUGGCACUGUGCAUGCGGGUCUGUGGAACUUUUGCGUCUCAAGUGUGUGCAGUCCAUUUGGAAUGGACGUGGCAGCUGGGGACCACGCCACUCGAGCAUUUAUGCUGCUAGGGAUGAUCGCUGGCGCUGUCUCUUUCUUUGGUAUUUGCGCCUCAUUCUUUAAAUCUCAAGUCGGCUCCAUGUCCCUGAUCAAGACUUCAGCUGACGUCAGUAUUGUUGCAGCUAUUUGUGCCAUGAUCGCCAUGUCCGUCUUCACAGGAUUAUCAUCUGGUUCACGUGGUUUUUAUGGAUGGUCUUUUGGCUUGGGAUGGGCCUCAUUUCCUCUCUUCCUGAUAACAGGUGUGCUGGCUUACCUAUCACGAACUCUAUCGCCAGAAUGAUUGUAAUGGAAAGGUGCUGAGGCCUUUUGAGAUGACACCCCAAGCUCUUCUAUUGGAACGGUGGACGCAUGGAGAGAAGCCACAGUAGAACUGAACUCUAUUUGGAAGAGACUGUAUCUCCAAGAGGCUCCUGAUUACGAAGGCAGCAAUUUAGAAUUUGGAACCACAGAGGUUGAUAGCCACAAUUUUACAGAAGUGAAUCUGCUCCUGGUUUUCCUUUUUUCUUCUUCUUGACCCUGUACAUGUGUACAGGAAUGGUGUGGUGGAUACACUCCCUGCAAUUGGUUCAGCACCUUGGAAAGCUCCUUUAAAGUUUUUAGUAAAACCAGGAAUGGAUUCCCUUCUCCUGCAUCUUUGGGCUCACCAGCCUGCUUCUGGUCCCAGACAGACCUGUUGUUCAGUCAAUGAAGCUACUCUUCUCUCCCCCCCCCCAUUUUUCCUUUGAGUGAGUUCUUCUGAGA